CCCCGGCUGCCGAAAGCACCAUGACAGCGGUCGCACUGAGUCUCCGCCUUUCUCUCCUCAUCGCUGUGUGCCUCGCCCUCUACACCUUCCCCCGUGCUCACGCCCAAUGCAGUCUGUUCAAUCCCCCGGGGGAAUUCUGCAGUACGCAGAACACACACCUGACAGACAGCCACACAGACGCCUUAUCCGCCCUCGCGUGUGUUGCUGUUGAUUGGCUUUGUGCAGGCUUGUCAGCUGGCGACACAGAGGCUAAGGAAGGUGAUAUAGUGGCUUUCAGGAAUGUGGUUGCCGGUCAGGAUCUGUGGGCCAAGGACGAUGUGUUUGUCGAAGACGAUCUGUUUGUUAAUGGUGACAGGGUGGGGGCCCCCUCUGCCAACGUGAAAGCCAGAAGUAAGCAACAAGGAGCAGCAGGUCCGGUCAUCCGCUUCACUCUGUGUGUGUGUUUCUUGGUGUGUCUUUCAACACAGGCCUGACUGCCGGCAAUCCUACGGAUCCUUAUGCAGGCCACGCUGGCAACAUCGUGGCAGAGAGAACCGUAUGGGCUGGACAUCGGGUUGUGUCACGGUAUAUCGGUUCGGAUACACACAUCCAUGCGGCAGGACGGAUCAGCGGAGGACAGGGGUGCAGAUGCGGCGCGCGAAUCAUUUCGCGGGCCUUUGAGCUGAGCGCCACCGACAACCUGGCAGACGCAGAGUGGGGCGGGAGGAAUCGAUCAGCAGCGUAUGAAUCCUUCAGGCAGCUGCAUCUCCGCACCGACCCGCACGACAGGCUGUCGCUGGCCGCCAAGGACGUCAGCCGCCUCUUCCCAUCGGCAGUGCGGACAUACCCGAAGAUCAUUCGGAGGAGGGCGGCAAGGAGCGGACGACCAUCGACCUGA